UACCGGCCGUGCGCCUCUCCCGGAGCCGCGAGCGCCACCGCCCACUCUGAGGAGGGACUGCCGGUUCCGGGCCGCGCUCCCUCCUUCUCGGGCGCCCUUCCCUCCGGGAAUCCGGGUUCCCUCAGGUGGUCGCGGCGGUGGCGGCGGCCUCCUCAAGCCAGGCCGCGGGGGGAGGGGGCGGCCUGGCGGCAGUGGCGGGGGCGGCACGGGCCACCGAAAGCGGGGCCAUGGAGCCCAGGGAGUCGGGGAAGGCUCCUGUGACGUUUGACGACAUCACGGUGUACUUGCUUCAGGAGGAGUGGGUGCUGCUGAGUCAGCAACAGAAGGACAUCUGUGGUUCUGACAAGAUGGUGGCACCCCUGGGACCAAGUAUUGCCAGCCCAGAGCUGUUCUAUAAAUUUGAGCGAGGGCCAGAGCCAUGGCUUGCCAGUGUCCAAGGCCAGAGGAGUCACUUGAGCCCCAACCCAGGAAAAAACAAGAUGGGCUUCAUGGAGGAAAUGGACAUGCAGUGCCCAUCCAGAGAAGCUGGGCUGUACCUGCCUCCUCAGAAGGAAGCCUGUCUGUCCCACUUCAGCUCAGAGAGAGGCAGCGUCCAGGGAGACUGUGCGGGAAGAAGCAGCAAACCCUCCAAGCCCCGAUCCAUCCAGAAGUCGUGGUUUGCGCAGUUCCCGUGGCUGGUCAUGAAUGAGGAGCGGACAGCUCUCUUUUGCUCUGCUUGCCGGGAAUACCCAUCUGUCAGGGACAAGCGGUCAAGAUUAAUAGAAGGUUAUACCGGACCAUUCAAGGUGGAGACUCUCAAAUACCACGCCAAGAGCAAGGCCCACGUGUUCUGUGUCAAGGCCUUGGCCGCACGGGACCCCCGCUGGGCAGCCCAUUUCCGGAGCACCCAGAAGGUGUCUGGUGAUGUACUGGCCAGCCAGGGGCCCUUCUUCCCUGCAGAUUAUUCCAUAUUUUACCCCCCAGGGCCUCUGGAGGCCUGUGAUAAUGUGGCCCAGCUCCUGCCCAGCUCAAGAGCCGCCCUGGGGGACCCUGGAGGGAAUGGAGCAAUUCCUGCAUUGUACCUGGACCGCAUCCCUGAUUUCAGGCAAACAGAAAUCGUUGAUGACGUCCGCAGCUCCUCAGAUGAUAACAUUUUAUGUAAUGACUCUGCCGAACCCUGUGGCCAGGAUCCUUCUGAGGAGGGGCUGUUGGAGGCGCUCCCGGUGGUGUUUGAGGAUGUGGCAGUGUAUUUCACCCGGGAGGAGUGGGGCGCGCUAGACAAGCGGCAGAAGGAGAUGUACAGAGACGUGAUGCGGAUGAACUAUGAGCUGUUGGCAUCCCUGGGGCCUGCUGCUUCCAAACCAGACCUGAUCUCAAAACUGGAGCGGAGAGCUGCACCCUGGAUCAAGGACCCACACGGGCCAAAGUGGGGGAAAGGCCGUCCUCCAGGGAAAAAGAAGACAGUGGCCAUUAGAGACGCGCACACACAGGCCUCGACUGUAGAGUCCACAUGGCUUCCAGUUCCUUCUGUGGAAACGUGUACCUCCUACUGCAGGCCCCACCUUUGUGGAGUGGAAGCAGAUGGACAGGCGAAAAUCAAGAGGACUUACAGACCCCGCUCAAUUCAAAGGUCGUGGUUUGGGCAGUUUCCAUGGUUAGUGAUCGACCCCAAAGAGACCAAGCUCUUCUGCUCAGCUUGCAAAGAAAGGCCUAGUCUCCAUGACAGAUCAUCCCGGCUGGUCCGCGGUUACACGGGCCCUUUCAAAGUGGAGACUUUAAAGUACCACGAAGUCAGCAAAGCACACAAGCUCUGUGUCAACACCGUGGAAGUCAGGGAGGAUGCCCCGCAGGCCGCCCUGGUCCCCGAGAUCUCCAGUGACCUGAUGGCCAACAUGGAGCACUUUUUCCACGCUGCCUACUCAAUCGCGUACCACUCAAGGCCCCUGAACGACUUCGAGAAGAUCCUGCAACUCCUCCAGAGCACGGGGACCAUGAUUUUGGGCAAGUACCGAAACCGUACCGCCUGCACUCAGUUCAUCAAGUACAUCUCUGAAACUCUGAAGAGGGAGAUCCUGGAGGACGUGCGCAACUCCCCGUGCAUCAGCGUGCUGCUGGACAGCGCCACGGAUGCCUCCGACCAGUCGUGCGUGGGCAUCUACCUCCGCUACUUGAAGGGGACGGAGACGAAGGAGUCCUACCUCACGCUGGCCCCCCUCCACAGCGAGACGGCGGAUGGGUACUUUGAGACCAUCAUCUCGGCCCUGGACGAGCUGGACAUCCCCUUCCGGAAGCCGGGCUGGGUGGUGGGCCUGGGAACCGACGGCUCCGCCCCGCUGCGCUGCGGGGGAGGCCUGGUGGAGAAGCUGCAGGAGAUCUUGCCCCGGCUUCUGCCGGUGCACUGCGUGGCCCACCGGCUCCCCCUGGCCGUGGUCGACGCCUGCGGGGGCAUCGACCUGGUCAAGAAGUGUGACCGGCACAUCCGAACCGUCUUCAAGUUCUACCAGUCCUCAAAUAAGAGGCUGAACGAGCUGCAGGAAGGCGCGGCUCCCCUGGAGCAGGAAAUGGUCCGCCUGAAGGACCUGAACGCGGUCAGGUGGGUGACCAGCGAGAGCCGCACUCUGAAGGCACUCACCCUGAGCUGGCCCGCCUUGGCCAGGCAUCUCCAGAGCGUGGCGGACGCGGGGGGCCAGGUUGGGCACAGGGCCCAGGGCGUGCUGAAGCUGAUGAAGGGCUUCCAUUUCCUCAAGUUCUGCCACUUCCUCUUGGACUUCCUGAGCAUCUACCGGCCUCUGUCCGAGGUGUGCCAGAAGGAGAUGGUGCUGAUCACCGAGGUGAACGCCACGCUGGGGCGGGCCUACGUGGCAUUGGAGACCCUCCGCCACCGGGCAGGCCCCAAAGAGGAAGAGUUCAAUGCCCGCUUCAGGGACGGGCGGCUCCAUGGCAUCGUGCUGGACAGGACUGAGACGGCAGAACAGCGGUUCCAGGCAGACAGGGAGAGAGUGGUCCUGACGGGGAUCGAAUACCUCCAGUGGAGGUUUGACCCCGACCAUGCCCCGCAGCUCAGGAGCAUGGCGGUGUUUGACACCAAGGCCUGGCCGAGCGGGGUGGCCCUGGCCAGUUUUGGGAAUGACGACAUCCUGGCCCUGGCCAGGUAUUUUGAGCUCUCACUGCCCCCAGGAUACAGAGAGGAGGCACUGCUGGAGGAGUGGCUGGGCCUGAAGGACGUGGCCCAGAACCUGCCGUUCUCCAUGCUGUGUGAGCACGCACUGGCCCAGCACCACUGCUUCCCCCUGCUCAGCCGGCUCAUGGCCCUGGUGGUCUGCGUGCCCGUCUCCACCUCCUGCUGUGAGCGCGGAUUCAGUGCCAUGAACCGGAUCAGGACCGACGAGAGGACCAAGCUCUCCAACGAGGUGAUCAACAUGCUCAUGAUGACGGCCGUGAAUGGUGUGGCGGUCACAGAGUACGACCCCCAGCCCGCCAUCCAGCACUGGUACCUGACCUCCUCAGGCCGGCGGUUCAGCCAUGUCUACACCUGUGCCCCAGUGCCGCCCCGCUCCCAGGCAAGGGCAGGACUCAGGAAGAAGACUGGCACGUUCUGCACAGAGGAGCCUGCCGCCCAGAAGCUGCCCGGCCCAUCCUGCAGGGAACCGGUGGACGUCCUGACGGCCUGCGUCCUGGAGCCUGCUGAGAGGCUCCCGUGUCCCCUCCCUGGCCAGGAGGCCCCGGGCUGUCCUGCCAAAGCGCUCCUGUAGGAGCAGGAAUCCAAGGGGUUCAUUCCUUGGAGCCCCCUUGCUGCCCUGGCCCUGUGAACGUGGUGACAGGCCCUGGGAUUCGAGGCUGCUGAGUCUUCGUUGGGUGGGACUCUAAGCACUGGGAGGCGGGCAGUGACAAGGCAGUUAAAGCCACACCCCAUGGAGGCAGGGGGUCAGGAAGCCAUGGCCUGUUUCCUGGGGCCCUUCUCCGGGCCCAGGGGACCUCCCAGCACUUAAAUAUGUAGACACGUUCUAUCUCAAGCUCACUUUCAAGGUGCUUCAGCAUGUAAUCCCAUUAUGAAAUCCCCAGCUUCUGGUGGCAAGAGGACUUUUCUGAAGUGGGAAUGACAGCUGGGGGAAGGGGCUUGAAGGAGCACUCCGGCCCCUGGGUAGUUGGGGAGCAUCCAGGGGGCCGCACACAGUGAAUGGGUGGGGAGGCACGAGGUGAGGGCAGAGGGUGAGCAGGACUGGGGCCGGCCUGGCUCCGGGCUGUGUCCCUCUGGCUGUGCAGCAGAAGCAGGGAAGCCUUGACCUCACACAGGAGACUCCCCUCAGAGGCUGUCUCUGCCUCGUCGCGGGGCCUGCCUCUAGGAUGCAGCAAGCAGAACCCCUGCACCCUGAGCAGCCAACAGCUCCUAGACGGGAGGAGUGGCUCCCUGGAGGGGCCCAGCGCUUCCCACCAGUCCAGCCCCUGGGUCAUGCCGAGCCCUGGAUUUCUGCGGAGCAGAGCGUAAGGACGAGUUUGCACUUGGGGGGCUUGGGAUCCAGCCCCAGCUCUGCUGCAGGCAGUGGGUCAACCAUGAUGGCCCCCUUCCUGUCUCCUGUGCCUUUGCGUGCUUCUCUGUGAAACGGCAGCAGAGAAGCCAAGUGCCUGUUAGUGCCUGGCUGCCGUGGGACUGCUGGCUGACAGCUCCUCUGCAGGCAGAGACGGGCCUCGGGAGGCAGGGUGGACUUGGCUGUCAUCAGCUCUUGUCCCUCUCCUUUGCCACUGACGUCCUUAUUGUGGGAGGAGGUGCCCUCAGCAUAAUGGUCUAGCCCAUUCUUUCCAGAGGUGCUCUGGGGACCGGUCUGGGAAUCAGUAGGGGUGUUGGUUUAAAUGUUUCAAUGCAAACCCACCUGAUCAGGUCCCCGGGACUUUCCUGCAGGCCCCCCAGGAACGUCGUGGGCUCACUCAAGCCUGAGAAGACCACCCUGGCGGCCCAGAGGGUGUCCCACACGAUUUGGUUCCCCUUGCCUCUCGCCAUCUCCCCUUCCACCCGGAAGUAAGGCAUGUUUCCUUCCAGGGCAGCUGCCCUGGGGAGGCCUAGGCUGCUUGUCUAGCCGAGGAUGAUGUGGUGUCUGCCUCCUGCCUUCCUUCCCACAGGUGGGAAACCAGGGGAGCUUGGAGGGAAGGCUUCUGCCUUUCUCUGGCUUUAGAUGGGCAGGAAGUAGUGCUCCUUGCCCAGGCUGGCCUCUGUGUUUGUUUCAAGAGUCUGGCAGCCUUUCAGACCCCAGGGCCUGGAGACCCCACUGUUGGAAAGCCUGCUGACUUUUGCCUGGAGAAAACAAGCUGAAGGCCGCUGGGAAUGGGAGGAGCGAGCUCUCUGCGUUUGGCCAGAGUCCUACCCCUACUUCCACCCUCUUUCCCCACCUGUGGUCUCCAUUGCGAUGCCCAAAGUGCUGACAAGCUCAGUAACCAGCAGUGUAACCGACAACGUGAGUUCAAUAGCCAUAGAGACCAGGCAGGAGGCGGGGAUCCUGCCCCCUCCCUAGCCAAACACGGAGGAGGGCUACUCCUCCAGACCUUUUGCUUCCCUCAAACCCAGGUUCAGUUCCUAGGGUGCUAAGUACCUAAGGACCCGGUGAUGAUGGGCCUGUUCCCUCCAUCCAGGAGUCUGUCUGCCGAGGUCCACUUCUCUGGUUUCAAAGACGUGCAAAAUACGGUUUAAGAAAACCAUGUUCGAUUCUCAACCUUUUGCUAUCUGAAUAAAGCAGAGCUUUUCCCCAUA